GCAGCUCAGCCGGCCAAUAGGAGCAGUUACCCUGCCCUGUGCUCUCCCGCGGGCGGUGGAGAAGGUGGCGGUGGCAUCAAGAUGGCGGUGGCUGGCAAGGGGGUGGUGUCGGCCGCCGUGAAGCCGAUCUUCAGCCGGGACCUGGGCGAGGCGAAGCGGCGCGUCAGGGAGCUGUACCGGGCCUGGUACCGCGAGGUGCCCAACACGGUGCACCUGUACCAGCUGGACAUCACGGUGAAACAGGGGCGGAACAAGGUGCGGGAGAUGUUCAUGAAGAACGCCCACGUUACGGAUCCACGCGUGAUAGACAUGCUGGUUAUUAAGGGAAAAAUGGAGCUUCAAGAAACCAUUCAUGUCUGGAAGCAGAGGACUCAUGUCAUGAGGUACUUCCACGAGACGGAAACCCCACAACCUAAAGACUUUCUGUCCAAAUUCUAUGCGGGCCACAAUCCUUGAGGAACUGACUCUGUGUCUUCCUGCCUUAUAUUACAAAUAAAGUUCUAUACAAUAGAAAAAAAAAUCCAUACCAAGAGAUUCUCUAGCAUCUUAGGAGCCUAAUGACUAGGCAAAUCCAUAGCAUGUGCAAAUGAUUAUGAUCUGUUUGAAGAGCUGUCAUGUUCUAGUUUUGCCAGUGUGUAUUUUCAGUGGAUGGCAUUUAUCCCAUCACUUGCCCUGGGGUGUCUGCUGAAUAACCACAACACAGCCUGGCUGCUGGUCUUUGUGCUUGGCCUGCAGCCCCAUCUGUAGAUGUUAGCUCUGUGAGCAAAAGGGCAGAAAUGUUCUUGUGCUUGAGGGGUAUGUUAGGGAUAUUGCAGUGUAUUCAUGCAGUGUCUUGCAAUUUCAUCCUAUGACUUUGUUGACCUUGUGUUUUAUAUUGGACAUUAGUCUCCUUCAUUUCUCCCAGAGAAAAUAUCCUAAUGGUAGGCAAAUAAAUCCUUGUGUAAUAAAACAUCAGCAGAGUCCAUUUCUCUGCUGUAAAAUGAAACUACCUGGAAAAA